AGGGGUUGUACUAUCAUUUUCCUAAUAGGUUCUGAGGAAGAUUGGCCAUCAUAAGGCUUGUAUGAGACCCACAGACACAGACCUCCAUAUUCCAUAAAGCUGAAGGGGGAAGGGAGAACUGGAGGAACAGCAGCUCAGAGAUCUGAGUUGAAAUUCCGGGGCAUUCAGCCAGACAGCAGAGAGGUGUGGAGAGAGCAUCCCAUGGAUUCACUCAUGACGUUGCCAUACAAGGCCUGGAAGACUUUUACAUUUCUCAUAAGCAUGGCAAAAUCCCUCAUCAGUCCGUCCUCUAAAUCCAUCGCUGAUGGCGAAUCAUUCUAUAGUAGCCAGGUCAGCUUCUCCCAAGAAAUCACUGAGAAAAUUGCCAGGGCUGUGAUGGAGGGGAAGUUACCGAAAGCGGUACUUAUAGUCAAAGAUGAAAUGCAGAGGAUGUCUACAUACCCAGUGAAAAUCGCUGUGACUGGGGACUCUGGCAAUGGCAUGUCAUCCUUCAUCAAUGCUCUUAGAAACAUUGGACAUGAGGAGGAGGACUCAGCUCCCACUGGGGUGGUGAGGACCACCGAGAAACCGGCCUGUUACUACUCCAAUUUCCCCAACGUGGAGCUGUGGGACCUGCCUGGCACAGGGACCACAGCCCAGAGCAUGGAGGACUACAUAGAUGAGAUGCAGUUCGACACAUACGACCUGGUCAUCAUCAUCGCUUCUGAGCAGUUUAGCUCGAACCAUGUGAAGCUGGCCAAAGCUAUGCAGAGCAUGAGGAAGAGGUUCUAUGUCGUGUGGACCAAGCUGGACAGGGACCUCAGCACAAGUGCCCUCGCUGAACCCCAGCUACUGCAGAGUAUCCAAAGGAAUAUCCAGGAGAACCUCCAGAAGGAGGAGGUGAGGGAGCCCCCCACGUUCCUGGUAUCCAACUUUACCCCCUUUUUCCACGACUUCCCAAAGCUUAGAAACACACUGCAAAGAGACAUCUCCAACAUCAGGUACAGAGAUCCCUUAGAGACCCUUUCUCAAAUCUGUGACAUGAGCAUCAGUGAUAAGGCCAUCUCUCUGAAGGGUCAGAUACUCCCAAAACAUCUGGAUACUGUUGACCUCGAGGAGAGUCUUGAAACCUACCAGAAGCUCUUUGGUGUGGACGACCUGGUACGUCAGCAGGUAGUCCAGAGUACAGGGACACUGGCAUUGUCCAGGACCAUGCAGUGCCAGGACGUGGUCAAAAUGAGCAGGAUGCUGGGACUGAUGACGUCUCUUCCUGUGACCAUGGUCCUCACAUUUCUUGCACACCGGUGGUGGUGGGGAUUGUGGAAUUUUGCCAUCCGUUUCUUCAGACACCAGAGAUGCAAGCUCAUCAUUGGGGUAGUUGCUAAGAACACCAAGACCAGCCUGAGGAGAGCUCUAAAGGACUAUACCCUCCCUCCUGAAAUCCACACACCCUCAAGUGCGAUUCAGGCUGCCUCAGGGGCUUCUUUUUGCUUAGUGCCCUAGCUGUCUACUCGAAAUCAAGAACUGUAGUAAUGCUUUGUAAUGAUGCUUAGUAUUUUUAGAGGAGUUAAGUAAAUCGCUCACCUUCCUGUGCUCAACUCUAAUACCCUGUUCCUCCAAAGAGCAAGUAUCUGACAAGAUAAUCAGCCACGUUUUCCUAGUUCAGUACAUAGAUUUUCUUUUCAUUGUGAUGCAUGUUUAAGUCAAAUGGUUUCCCUCCUAAGCCAUUAAAGUUUCCUUCUUUAAA